ACAGUACCUGACCUGGCGUGGUUGGGCGGCCCAGCCGCGCAGAAGUGUGGGAGGCGGCCGCAGUGCGAUGGAGCAUUGCACCAAGCGCAGGCUCACUCACAUCGCUAUCGGAUUACUCUUUCUCUUCAGCGGCAUCGAGUACGCGGUAAUACUUCCAACCAUCUGGGCAUAUCUUCAGACACUUCAGGCUGAACCUUACUUUCUGGGUUUGGGAUUAUCUGCAUUCAGUUUUAGUGGUCUAAUUGCAGACCCCAUUCUUGGUCAUUUAUCAGACAGAUCACGAAGGACUAAAGCAAUCAUAUUAUUUGCUAAUUUAUUUGAGAUUGCAGGCAAUUUUAUGUACUUCAUUGGAUAUUCAAAAUGGCUGUUACUUGGCAGUCGGCUUGUUGCAGGUGUUGGGACUGGUGCUGGUGCAUGCAUUUUUGGAUAUCUUACUCGUUCCACAACAACAGAGGAACGGGCUACAGUGUUUGCAGUCAUUAUGGCUGCAAGACAGGCUGGGUUGUUGAUUGGACCAGGAUUUAAUCUAUUCCUGAGACUUUGCAACUUCAACCUUGGGCCAUUUAAAGUCAAUAAAUACACUUCACCGGGGCUUUUCAUGUGUUUCAUGUGGACUAUUCUUCAAGUGGUUAUUAUCUUUAUGUAUUAUGACCUUCCAUUAGUCCCCAAGCACAACUUUAAAAGAACAAUUGUUUCAACUGAAGAGGAGCAGGAACCAUUGAUUGGUGAUGUGAAUCAUGCAAUAGCAGAUAGCAACUGGUGUGGUGCUACUAAUGAAGAUGAAACGCAUGUUUUGCCAGCAAAUGAAAUAGAUGUUGAAAGUAACACAGCAGAUGAAUAUCGCUAUAUUCCUAAUGGUCACAUUGAAGAUUAUAAAGCAAAUAAUAAUCCAUUUCACAAUUUUAGUGUCAUUAAAGAAUAUCUACGCGAGGAAGUGGUGGUUGUUCUUACAGCACAAUUCAUUACUCUCUUCAAUCAAACUGCUUUAGAGACAAUGGUUACCCCAAUUACCCAGAAAUAUUUCAGCUUUGGAGAAUUAGAAAACAGUUUGAUGUAUUGUAUGUGUGGUGUAGAGGUAAUAAUUGGAUUUUUUAUUGUGAGGUGGCUAAGCACUAAAUUUGCAGAUCGAGUAAUCUUGGCAGUGGGUCUUAUCUUAUGCAACAUUUCUUGUAUUUGGUUGUUAAUCUUCUUGGCAAACCCAAAAGGAAGUUUUGCCAUUUUGUUAUCUGAGUUCGUGGUAGGUGUGUUUCUGCAAAUUCUGGGGUUGCCUUUUGUUGCUGUAUCUCAAGUAUCAUUGUUUUCAAAAGUUACUGCAGAGAAAACACAAGGAUUCAGUCAGGGAUUGCGUCGUUCAAUAGGUGGAAUUGCCACAAUAAUGGGCCCUAUGUGGGCAGGAGGUUUACUUAACAAUCUUUAUGUAAUGUUAGGAGUCAUGAUGGGUCUUCUGAUACUUUUAACUGUGAUGAUGGUAUUAUCAUACAGUUAUUUGGUUGAACCUGCCCCAACACUGACAUCAUCUGUGAACAGGAGAAACAGGGAUGAUGAUUGAUUAAAGUAAUUGAUAGCAGGAGAGCACAAGAUCUCUGAUAUUGCUGUGUUGACUCACCAUGUGUCACAUAAUAUGUGUAGCUGCUACCAUAUUUAAUGCGAACAUUUCUGUUCAGUCGGCUUUUUGUAUAUUUUGGUAAUUGUACAAACUGAAAAGAUGUCAUAAAGUGAUCAGGUAAACUGUAGAAAAGCAAUAUAAAAUGUGAGCACAUGUAUGUCUUCCUGUUCAUUUCAGGUCUCAGAAGAGUAUAUACUUCCCCGACUUUAUUUUUUAAAUUAUAGGCCAUGAUUUUGUGUACAUUUAUUUUGAAAUCACCGUUAAGUUAAUUGCUUUUAAGAUAAAAGCACAUUUCUCAUUGAGAUGUCAGUAUGUAGUAAUAAUAUUGUAAGACUAAAGAAAGUAAUUGUGGAUAGAUGUGGCAAUGUGAAAUCAUAUACUUUUCAGAAAUGUAUUUAAUGAAUUAUGUUUUAUAUUGAAGUUGGCAUGGCUUUGUUUGAAAAAAUACUU